AUGUUUGUACCAGUAUUCGUGUCCGGACUUCUGCAGCUGCUAGCUGCGCCUGCCAUCAGCGCCAAAGGGUUGGUCGAGGUAGCUAGUCUUGAUGAGAUCGGCGAGGAUUACAACUGCCCUGGUGGAAACGUCCACUUCGUUGCGCAUCCGGUCGAUGUAUUGCUCUAUCAGAACCCCGAUCUUUACCACGACGUCCGCACCUUUAAAUGCACCACAGUGGUCAUGCUCACGGCCGGCGAUCGUGGCGUGAAAGACACCAAUUCCACCGAUUCACUUGAGCUAGGGCUCCAGGCAUCAUUUAACUUCAUGGCGGGGGCACCGAUAAACCAGACAGGCUGGGACAGCGUGAAGGUAAUUUGCAGGGACGCGUUCAUUACGCUUCGAUACCCCAAGGAUGCGAAGGGACUCUUGCUCAUCUACCUACGUUUCCCAGAUGGCGGUUCCGACGGACAAGGCUACAAAGAGACGGGCCAGGUCUCGCUCAGGAAGCUGUAUCAGAACCAGACCCGGAACAUAACCUCGAUCGACGGAGAGACGACUUAUGACCUCAACAGACUGAAGCACUUGAUCUCCACCAUUCUUCAAUGGAAGAGCCCGACCAUUAUCCGUACUUUGGACAACAUAACGCCCAUCGCCAACGAUGGAGAAUAUACCGCGGAACAUGCAGAUCAUUCAGUGUCUGCGCGAAUUGUCCACGACGUGAUCAAGGAAUACAAGAUCCCAGGGAACGUGACCAGCUAUGGAGGCAACCUCAUUCGGACCUUCGAACCGACGCUCGAAACGCAAACGGAAGACUUCUCAGUCAAAGUACGCGCUUACCUCGAGUACGCCCAAUACGACAAAGACAUGUGCAAACUUUACAGCGAAUGCUUCAAGAAUGCAGGUCUUAUGCCCAAAGAAGCCCCAGACGACGAUAAGUACACGGUCCAGUAUCUCAAUCGGGAGUAUUACGUUAUCUAG